ACCGAAACGUAAACAGCGUCCGCUGCCAUUUCACGCUUUUCUGAUAAAAAUGUUUUAAAUCAAAAAGUGUUAAUUAAAACCGAAAUCAAAGUCAAUGUGGCUGUGGACGCAGACGGUUCGUGUUUGUGCGCGUGAACAACGUCGACAAAAAUAAAUCGUUUGCAGCAUCUGCUAAAAUUAAAUACUACAUUUAAAAAAAGUUUCGCGUCAGAAGAGACGACGACAACGACGAUUGUGAGUGCGACGGCAAAUUGGCGUUUGGCGUUUUUGGCGGCGCUCGUGAGCGUGCUUUUUGCAUACACGUAUAUAUGUACAUAUAUUUUUGUGUUUAUGUUCUACCUGACAUUCUGUGGCAUCAGUUGUGAAUGUCAGCCGCAAAGUGUACGAGGCAAGAAAUCACGGCCCAAAAGCAAAUAAACAAGAAUCAUUAAAAACGGCAAUAAAACACAGACUCUCGCACUUGCUCCCGCUCAACAAGCACAAGAACUUGUAUAUAAAAAUUAAACAAACAAUUACAACUGGAAGUUUUUGCUAAAAAUACAAUACAAGUAAAAGAAAACUUCAUUUUUGCUGGCUUGGCUGUGAAACGCCGCCAACAACUGACAGACGACGACAACAACAACGAUGGAUGAUGAGUUUAAGCUUUGCUGGAAGAAUUUCCAGGACAACAUUGCCAGCGGCUUCCAGAAUCUAUAUGAUCGUGGUGAUCUGGUCGAUGUGACGCUUGCCUGCGAUGGCAAAUUGCUUCAAGCCCACAAGAUCGUCCUGGCCAUAUGCAGUCCGUACUUCCAAGAGAUAUUUACAACGAAUCCCUGCCAGCAUCCAAUCAUCAUACUCAAAGAUGUGAGCUUCAACAUUAUGUGCGAGUUGCUGGAGUUCAUGUAUCAAGGUGUUGUGAAUGUGAAGCACACGGAGUUGCAAUCGUUCAUGAAGAUUGGUCAGCUGCUUCAGAUUAAGGGAUUGGCAACCAAUUCGAACACUUCACCCGGCUCCAGCGGAUCAGAGAAAUCAGCUAGUCAAUUGACAAAUGCCGCCGGCGAUGAACCCCACAACAGCAGCAGCAACAGCAGCAAUCACAACGUCAGCAACAGCAACAAUAACAACACCCCCAGCAACAACAACAACAACAGUAGCAGCAGCAAAACAGAAGCGGAACACAAUGACUCCAAGAACAGCACACAGAGCAAUUCACGCACUUCGACAGCAUCUCCAAAUGGUUGUCGCACCUCCAUCAGCGAUCCAGGGAGUCAUCUCUUUGCGCCCGGCAAGCGUUUAGCUCCUGCUGAAUUCAGCAGCGAUUCGCUAUCGAUUUACUCGCGCAAACAAUUCCGUCGCUCACUGACGGAACAUUCCGGCGCCGGUUGCAGCGAAAGCGGGGACAAUGCAGAUGCGGCCAGCAUGGAGAAUGCCCUGAAUUCGGACGAGUUCUUCAUGCCACCCAUACCGCAGAUCUCGAUGGUCGAAUCACGCUACGAUCUGGGCAGCCUGAAGCGUGAGGGUGACAACCAUCACGGUGCUGUUGCUGGCCCAGGUAGCGGCAGUGCAUCCUCGUCAUCAACCUCGGUGAAUUCGCUGCGCAAUCCCUUUGUGCCUGCAUUCAAUCUGGACUACAACAACUUCUACAAACCGGGCAACAGCAGCAGCAGCGGCGGUGCCAGCAAUUCCAACAAUGUGCCUGGUCUUGGCGUGAGCGGAGUUGGCGUCGGUGCUGGCAGCAACAACAACAGCAACAGUCUGGGCAUCAAUGUUGGUGGCCCGGCCACUGAGUAUCCCAACGAACUGUAUAUGCCCAGCGACUACUCCAAGAACUUUGCCAAUCACAUGGACAUUCCGUCAAAUGGCAGCAACAUGGUGAUGCUGUCCACCACCUCGCUGCUGCAUGGCAAUUGCGUUUUCAAUCGCAACAACACCGUUGCCACGCAGCAGGGUAUGAAGACCUACUGGCUGUGCAAAUCGUAUCGCAUCAGCAUGUGCCGUGCCCGUUGCAUCACUCACCUCGGACGCAUUAUAUCCGCCACUGGUGUCCACAAUCAUUUGCCGCACAUGCGUGGCGGCAGCGCUGGCGCUGUUGGGGCUUGCAACGCCAACAACACACCGAACAGCAGCAGCAGUGGAAACAACAGCGGCUCUUCCUCAACGACCAUCACACCCAAUCCGAAUCCUGGCCAGACCAGCUACAGCAUCUCCGAUGGCAGUCACAUAAUCACACCAUCAACAUCUGGCGUAGAAGCCAAUCACGCGAAUACGGCAAGCGGUCGUCUAGGCAGCAAUUUGUUUGCCAACCAGACGCCACCAUCGCCAGCUUUGCCUGGCGGACAUCAUGCGAGCUUAGGCGCGAAUUCGGUGCAUCAUCACCAUCAUCAUCACUUGACGCAAUCGCUGCCCAAUCUGCUGGUGCAGCAUCACUCGUCGCACGGCAGUAGCAUGGAGCAGCAUGGCAUGGUGGGUGGCAGUGGUCCACCUCCGCCACAGCCGCCGCCGGCUUCGUCUUCGUCGAGCAACAGCGUCAUACAGAACAUUAUGCACAAUCCCAAUCUGAUGCAUUUACCCAUGCAGUCGCAUCCACAUCACCAUCAUCAGCAACAACAGCAGCAGCAGCAACACUCGCCACAUGCGCAGCAUCAUCUAGAAUUGAGUGCGGGCUCGGUGCUCUUGCCACUUUCUCCAGCGCAUAUGCAACAAAGUCCGCAGUCGAAUCGUAGCAGUCACUCCAUGCAUGCCACCGAAUCGCCGCUGGGCAUGAAGAGUCCUCCGCCACCGCCACCGCAAACCCAGUCAGUAGAAACGGAUCAACAGCAACAUGUGGAUAUCAACGCAAGUGCCGAUGGAAGUGCAGAAAGUGCGGCGACAACAGCGCACGUGAUUGAUUCCAUAACGAUAUCGCCGGGCAGCGGUCACAAUUUCAAGAUCGAGAACAUCUAAGGAAUGCAUCUAGUUAAUAAGCAGCAAAUGAUUUAUUAUUUAUUAUUGCGGCUGGAGCCGCUUAGUUAGUGUUUUUAGAUGAAAUUUCAAUACUACUUGAUUGACUUGAUUUUUGAUUUUUGUUUUUAUGUAUGUAUUGUAUAUACAUAAUGAUAUUUGUAUAAGUAUUUGUGAAAAUGCAAAUGAAACACAUAAGUAUAUUGCAACAACGACUUGGGUUCUCUUAUGGCACUGUGUGGCUGGCACCGUGUGGCAGGUAAGUUAGGUAGGUUACCUCAUGGGAUUUGUCUGCAUGAGACGCAACAAUUAAUGGGGAUCUCAUUUGUGAAUGUCCUGACAUCCAACAUAACUCUCUCU